AUGACCCCCAGCGCCGCCUCCUACGGGAUCCUGAAGAGCAGCAUCCGGGAGGACCUAAACGCCUUCACCCUCUGCUACAGGAUCAAGCCUUACUUCUUCAGGCCGGAGGUGAUCGUUCUCUCCUACGUGGUGGCGAAGGAUGACAUAUUCAGGACAGACCAUAACCGUCGUGGAAUGCAGCUCAUGAUGGCCCUCCAGCGGCUACGGCAGGUGACGGAAGCAGUGACGCCUCUCAUGUUCUGGUCUGCCUGGUGUUACGGCGUCGACUCCGCCACGGGGGAAUGGAAGAUCUACAUGAACGGGGAGAAAAUCGCCGACGGACGCUGGCUUCCCGUGUCCAAGGUUAGAUCAGCUUGGGCAUCUAACAGGAAUAGUAACAAUUUUACAACACCCAGUAACAGAGCUGAGAGAAAACGGAAGAACAGUUAUUCGAUUCAGGUCGUGCUCCCGAAGAACGGUACCCUCGUUAUCGGCCAGGACCAGGAUACGGAAGGCUCGGGCUUCGACGCCACCCAGUCCUUCUGCGGGGAAUUCACGGGCCUCGAGAUCUUCGACAGGAUGCUGGACGAGUUCGACCUGAAGGACCUGAGUUCGUGCGAGUCCGUCCUCGGGGGCAACAUCCUGACGUGGGACGAGGCGGUGUGGGACGUCGGCGCGGACUCGGCGGAGGUGAGACAGGUUGAUAGGUAG